UCCAGGCAUUUACACACCCCGCAUGCCUACAGGCACAAAUGUCUGUGGGUCAGCGGGAAGAUGCAGGGAUGGGCAGACCGCUGCCUGCGAAUUUGAUGCUUUUGGUUUUUGCAAUUUUGAGGACAGACAACGUGCUGUCGCAGCCUGUGCUGAGUGGGCCGCAGAGGGAGUAUUUGGCAGCCAGGGUGACCUUCACGUGCACGGCACCCCAGGUGCCCCUCCCCGCCGUCUUCGAGCUCCUGAGGGACAACGAGAGCCAAGUCUUGGCCGAGAAAUCUCUGAUGAGAAGUCGGCCCGUCAACUUCAGUCUGCCAGUCAGGGACGGCUCGGCAGGGAUCUACCGCUGCAGAGUGACCCCGAAGGGGGGCCCCGUCCCUGGCCUGCCGUUCUACAGCAACGGCCUACCCUUCCAGGUCGUGAUCCCAGUGCGGGUCACCAGCCUUUUCCCAGACCCCAACCCGCCUACCCUGUACGAGGGGCAGAUGCUGACCCUGUCCUGCCGGGUCCAGCGGGGCUCCCACCUGACCUACAGCUGGCUCCGCGAUGGCAAGCCGCUGCCUGAUAGCCCGCUGCCUGAUAGCCCGCUGCCUGAUAGCCCACUGCCUGAUAGCCCGCUGGGAGGAAGCCUCACCAUCGGCCCCGUGACGCAGAGCCACGCCGGGAACUACUCCUGCGCUGCUCGGAACGACAUGACCAACACCCACGUCUCCCACAGCAGAGAUAUCCCGGUUGUGGUCAGAGCCUUGCUGUCCAAGCCACACGUCUCGUUUGCUGUGACCAAAGAGGGCUCAGGAUACCGCGCUGACGUGACGUGCCACUUGGCCAAGGGGACGCCGCCUGUGCAGUUUCGGCUCUUCCUGAAUGACACGGAGGUGGCCAGCAGGGCGGCGCCGUCACGCAGCACCAGCUUCUCAGUGUCGGUGCGGCUGGGGGAGAGACUGGGGGAGGUGCGGUGCGGGGCAGAGAACACGGUGCAGCGGCUUGUCAGCAAUGCGGUAACGCUAGAAGUGGUCCCUGUAGGGGGCGCUGUGCAUCUCCAGGUACAGUACCUGCAUGACGCGGCCUCCACCGUUGUCGCCGUCCUGCUCCGCUGCACACUCGCUCAGGGGACCUUUCCGGAGUUCGCCUGGUUCCUGAACGACACCCUCCUGGGAGAGAAAGGUGCCUCGCACCUCAUGACCGACCAAAACGGUACCCUCCUCCUGAUACCCGUCAUGGCAGAGAACUCAGGAUACUACCACUGUGAGGCUAAAGACAGCUUCGACGACACGCCGUGGUUACGAAGCCAGGAGCACCUGAUCCACAGCUCCGCAGUGUCCCGCAUGGUGACUCUGGAAGUGAUCGCGGUGGCGUUCGGCUGCUUCCUCCUGCUGGCCAUCCUGGGAAGUGCCUGUGUAGCCUUGGCACUGACUAACAGGGGUGUCAGUAGCAGUUCACCAGCCAGGUAUCGAUAUAUCGGCCCCAGGCCCAGUAUAUUUGACCUCCUAGAGAUCCCACCCAGGCCAAAUGUCUCAGCGAGGGAGGAGGCCAGCGACAGAAGCAGCCCCCACCACACGGACCCCAAUACGGCUACAGCUGAGGAACAGCUUCCAGUAUGACAGGCUGGUUUCCAACCCGCCCAUCGUCUCUCUGCCCCAGGGAGCCAAGAGAGCAAAACUUUACUGCUUAUGGCCUGACACUCAAUGACUCCCCAGCUGUGUUUACAUUAUUAAUUGAUAAAAAGUUUGUUGUUUAUUAAACAGUUUUUGUUAUUCGUUUGCUCUGUUGCAUCACUAAUAAACUGUCCAAACGGCA